AUGGCGGCGCCCAUGUUUUCUAAACGUGAAAAUCUUGGAAAGAGAAUAUUUGAAGCUUCUUCAUUUCUGAACGCUAAAUCGAAACACAAAGACACAAUAUUGAAUCACUUCUUCAAUUGUUCUUAUCCACAAGCUUUGUAUGGACGAGAAAUCCUUUUCAGUACAGGGAUUAUCAGCCUUAGAAUUGAUAGACAUGGAUUUGAUUGGAGCAUUUAUCAGACAGGUCGUCUGUGUCUGAUGUCCCAUAAGACUCGUAUCGAUGUGGAUGACUGUGUGGCUGUUCUGCCUACAGGACAGUUAAUUCUCCACCUGACUAAAGACACAUAUCAGUGUUUGGGGCUAGAGGGAAAGCCUGCAGAAUUUCCUCAUAAGAAUCCAGACAAAUUUGUUGUAACGAUCAACCUCUUGGAAAAGUGCUUCAGACCAGAAAAGAAAAAGUACCAACGAGUGUUUCGAUGUUUACGGGAUAGACUUGAUGUACGGUUCGAUGUCAUCAUGACAUGGGAUCCUAAUGAUGAUGCACUGUGUCCCAGCUCAUUACAGAAGUACUUCCAGAUAAAGGGCCACACUUGUGUGAAGACAAAUGUAAGGUGUCAGCAGAGACUGUUAAAACAUUUACAGGUGCCCAUAUUAGAUGUAGAGAUGGACUGUUCUGGUACACUGGAAUACAAUCAGGAUGAUGUAUACGAGUGGCUUGGAGGUGUAGCUGUCAACACAUGUCUGAAUGGAGAGCCAGAUAACUACACUACGACCUACAGCUACCCAGGACCAACACGAGAGGUGGAUCAUUCUAUCUAUGUCCAGUACAAAGGCUUCUUUUCACCCAGUACCAUACACAAAGUAAUGGAAGAACUCAGAAAUCAUAUACAAAAGGCGAAGGCACCAUGGGCCUGUCUGACAGUGCAUGGUCUUGUAGACUCGCCGGUAUCAUGGGAAACAAAAGAACAUGGUUUCCUCACCUGUGGUGAUAACAUCUACACACUACUGGUGUUCCCAGACCAGCACUACUGGUGUUAUAGGGCUUUCUCCUUCUACGAUGUUGUUAUAUAAAAAAAAUAUUGAAAAAAAUUAUAUCUUCCUAUUGUCAUUUUACAUUGAUUAAUAGGCUAUUACUGUAUUGCUAAAUUUAUGUGAUAUUUCAUAUUUUUAAGCAAAAUAUACAUACAUCUUAUCAUACCACUUUCAAUAUGCAUUGUUUUCUUAGAUAAAAAUAUUAUGUACACCCAAUCUAACUGAUGGCGUGUUUUCACAAAAGAUUAGUUUUACCAGAGUUUUCCAGAUCCUAGGAUCAUUAAAACGAUAUCCAGAGGGAUCUUGGUGCUCACCACUGACUGGUCCUAUUGAUUCUAUGUACCAUAAGACUGAUCAUUUCUCUAGAAUAAUGAUUUAAUAACAAGGAGAUCCUACAUAGGAAAUCUAAGAACUUUCUGUGAAGUAGAAAAUAGCAAUGCUGAACUUCAAGAAUCUUAUACUUAUUAUGUUUUCAAAGGAUCACACCUCAAGUUUUGAUAAUUGAAGCACACCAUAUUUAAACUACAAUGAAAACAAAAGUAAAAGGUUUAUCUUUUUUAUUGUGAUAUAAAAUUUGCAAUUGAUUUUCACAAAUAAAAAAUCAACAAGCUGAAUAAAACAACAGAGUAUUGAAUAUACAUGUAUAAAGGUACUUUGCGACAUUACAAUUAAAUUGUUAUAAGGUCACGCAUUAAGUUAAAACAACCCAAACACUGCCACUCGAAGAAUUAAAUGCAAGCUGAAUCCAUUUGGAUAAUCUAGAAGUGACUGGUAUAACGAUAUGUACCACCCACACACAUGACCUGGAUUGCUACAAUUCUAACGGACCUCUCAAGUCAAUGAUACAGUCCUUCUAACCAACCUCUAACAGACCUCUCAAGUCAAUGUUACAACCCUUCUAACCAACCUCUAACAGACCUCUCAAGUCAAUAUUACAACCCUUCUAACCAACCUCUAACAGACCUCUCAAGUCAAUGUUACAACCCUUCUAACCAACCUCUAACAGACCUCUCAA